AUGGAUGCCAAUGAUGUCACUGAUGCUAUGGAUUCCUUAUUGAAGGAAAUCGACAAUGAAAUGGAAAAUACAAUCGAUGAAUUAUCUUUUAGUACUGUUAAUAAUGAAUUAAACAUGCACGAAUUUUCAAUGCCACUGAAUGAAAUUGGUGAUGAUACUAUGGACAUGCUUGUAAAACAUAAUACACUCUCAAAUAUCAAAAAUGUAUUAAUAGAUGUCAACGAUGGAGACGAUAAAACUUCGACAUUCGAAAGUAAGAAACCAAUGGUUUUAGUAUAUACAAAUAAUAAGAGAAAAAGUAUAUCGUUCGAAGAUGAAAUAGAAGAAUUAGAAAUCCAAAAUAAUGAUGAAAGUUCCGAAGAGCUUUUGAUCGAUAUGUCUGUUGAUAAUAGUAGUAAAUUGCCUUUUAUAAACACAGUAGAUAUCAACCAAUUCGCUUCAAAAAAAGAUAAUGCAAAUGCAACCCUAAAUGAAGAGGUAAAUAAGGUUCUGAUAGACACCUCAUUAGAUGAUAGCGAAAUUUCACAAUUGAAUACCACAAUAGAAAAUGAUCAAAUCAGUUUGGUGGCUGGUUCAUUAAGUCAAAUUUACAAUGAUGAAAACAAAACAUAUGAUAAAGAUCAAAGAGUCAAUAAUCAAGUUUUCUCAGCCGAACUAAAUUCAAAAGGUCACGAAGAUAAUUCAAAUGUGGGAAAUAAUAAUAUAAGAACUGAACAAAUAGAUAAUGAGUCUGAAAAUGAGAAAAGCGAAUUAGAUAAAGACAUUACGGAGGCUGCAGCUGAUUUCGAACCAAUAAUGGAAGCACACACAAAAGAAACAGAAGUUCAAGAAGUAAGUUCUAUAAAAGGGAUUCAAGAUGCUUCUUCUUUGUCAAGCGAAUCUAUCGGUGAUUUAGAUAUCGCUACUAUUCCAAAAGAUGAAUUAGAACUAAAAGAUAUGAACUUAGACAAGAGUCUCAAUAUACAAGAUGAAGAAUUAGAAAAUUUAUCGGAACAGGAGGAUUCUAUAAAUGAACCUGAAAGUAUGGACGAAAAUUUAGAAUUACCUUCUGAGAGCAACAAAAUUGAAACCAGAGAAAUGCAAGACUCAGAAGCAGUUCCUCGAAUUAAUGAUGUCACUGAACAGAAUUCUUCUAUUAUUUUAGAGAAAGAUAAUGGUGUGUUAAAAGCAGAAAAUAAAGCAGAUUUGAUAAGUCAGAAAUCUGUAUCUGACCAUGAACUUGAGUCUAAUAUUGAUAACAAUCAAACUUCGAUUGAUUAUGGUACUGCCAUUGAGGGAAAACUUACCGAUAUUGAAAGCAAUAUUAACCCAAUUGAGAGCAAACCUGGUUUAAAACAAGGUACUGAUGAAGAAAUACUGGACUCAAAUAUGUCUGAUGUUAACGCUGAUAUUAACUCAAGUGAGAGUGAAUUUAUACUUAAGGAAAAAUCAACUUCUACGGCAUCUAUUGCCAGGACCUCUACGUUGACUAAAGAUGAGGAGAUUAGAGGCUCAGUAGAAAGUGAAAAACCAACUAUCAAGGAAACAAGAAUGCUAAACAAUUACGGUAUUGCCGCUGAAACUUCUAAUUUAGUUGAUGAACCUGAGAUAACUAUUGAUGAAGGUAAGCCUUCUUCAACAAAGACUAGUAAUGAAAGCAAUCCAAAUAUCUCAUAUAAUGAGGAAAGUCAUGAAAAUAUAAUUUCAAAAUUACCAGAAUUACCAAAGAUAGAAAAGAUGUUUGUAGAAGAUACGUUUACAGACUUAUUUGAAACGUCAAAUACUUCUGUAGAUAUGGACAAUGUCAUAAGUUCAAACGAUUAUCUGUCAAUAUGGCAUCUACAAGAAGACACUUUGAAAGUGAAACCAUCUCCUGCAACUGACGCAAACUCACAGUUUUCUUCAAGAACCCCAUCAUCUGGUAGCAGUGUCCAAAGUUCAGCCGCCUCACGUCAAUCAAGUUCUACCUUCAAAUAUAAACCACGUCUUGUUAGUAGAAGCAGAAUUUAUAAUCCAGAAAGCAGACAAAGCAGUUUCAAGUUGGAAGAGGAGAUGUUUAUCGCUAAUUUAUCUGGUUCAUUAGAUCCGGUUAGGAGAAAAGUUAGUAAUUCAAGAGUCCUUCAAAAUAAAAUGAAACAAAAUAGAAAAAGUUAUGACACAUCUCAUUCUAGAGCUUUGUCAUACAGUGAUGUUGAAACAUUUAAAACUGCUAAUGAAACAGCUAACGAUGUCUUACAUUAUGAUAAUUUAUUGCCUGGAGCUUUCGUUAAUGAAUAUACUACUAAUAAUAGCGAACAUUUGAUAUUCGAAGAAUCUAUCACUCCUAAUAAAAUUAAUGACACCUACAUGGUAUUAGGAAACAGUUUUGAUUUUUUGCCUGCUAUAUUAGAUGAAAAGAUUAAUGACGGUGACGACUCUAACAAUUCAGACUCCAACUCUGUAUAUCAGUCAUCGCUGCUAGAUGUUUAUGAAAUGAAUAAAACGAGUAAUAAUAAAUACGGACUCUGGGAAAGCGAAUAUGAUAUAAAGAGUCAAAUUUCUCAUGAUCAUAAAUCGCUAUCAAGUGAGAUGUUAUCAAAAAUACUAUCUACUGCUUCUAAUAGAGUUGUUAGCCAAGUUACAACCGAAAAAACAGUUAAAAGAGCUCUUGAAAAUAAUAUUCACGUUAACCAUGGAAUAAACACAUUUGGUAUUGAUGUUGAUGUAAGCGGUGAACAGACUGAAACGUUAAGUAUCGACGAGGAUGAGAUAAACCAUAUAUUGGAAGCUAGAACUGUUUCUGUGGCCGAAUUAAAAGCAGCAUCAGGCAAGCCUACCAAUUCCAACGAUAUUCUGACCUCUAUGCAUAUCGGCAGUCCUUUUAAAGUUAUAAAAACUGGUAAGUUUCAAAGUUUUAAUGAAGUUCAAAAUAAACCUGACUUGCAUAUUUUAACUGAAAAAUUGAAGCAUGUUGAGCAAGACAAUGAGAAAAUUCAAGAGCCACUUCAAUUGGAAAAGCCAAAAGACAUAGAACUUGUUGAUAACUCUCCAGGUAGACAUCCAAAGGAAGCUGUCCAGCAGAAAGCACAACUAAGUGAUUUAGGGAGUGCUUACAUUACACUGAAAGAUAUUUCUGUUCUUAACUUACCAGGUAUUAAACAUCAUCAAGCAACAUAUUGUAUUGAAUUUGACAAUGGUAUAAAUGUCAUUAAGACUAAGUGGCAAGAAAUGUCAGUAACUGGUAAGAUGCAAUUAAGUGAGAACUUCGAAAGCAUCGUUAAACAAUUAGGUACGAAUAUCAUUCUAACAUUGAAAUUGAAAUACAAAAAGCCUGAAUUCGAGAUUGCUGAGGUUACUCAAAAAGUUCCUGUCAAUAAGAAGAGUCUAUUUGGUAAGAAAUCAUAUACGUAUGAGAAGAAGUAUAUUCAAAGACCUACAAAGGUACACGAUGAAUGGGACUCCUUAGUUGCUACCGAUGGCUCCUAUGGUAAAGCUGAAAUUAAAAUAGAUGAAGAAUUAUUAGAAAAAGUGAAAUUUAGCAGGCACAUUCUUUCAUUUGAUCUAAUUAACGAAUGGAGUAAGAAAGCUUCAAAGGCUCACAAUUCUUCAGCUAAUGCAACGAGAUUACCAGCUUACAAAGUAGGUAAAAUCAGUCUUGAUAUCUGUUAUCUUGAAAGGGUUGAUAAUUUAGAAAAAUUCCCAACUUCACUUGAGAAAUGCAACAAAAUCGUUUCUAAAUACCAAGAGCAACAAUUAAUUACAAAAGAAGGUUACUUAUUACAAGAAGGUGGAGAUGUUGCGAAUGUUUUAACAAGGAGAUACUUUAAAUUACGCGGUAGUUCGUUAAUAGGGUAUCAUGUUGCUUCGAUGCAACCCGUGGUCACUAUCAAUCUAUUAAAUGUGAAAUCGAUUUUAAAUGGCAACGAAAGCGUUACGAACGGGAAUGGUCAACAUGAUAAAGGUGAUGAAGCAAAUAUUAAGAGGAAUUUCACAGAUCAAAUUUUAUUCAGUGGCUCAAUUCAAAUUGUGUUCAAUGAUGAUGAAGUUAUUAAUUUGAAUACCGAUACAUCUUCAGUUGAUAAAGACGACUGGUUUAUGAAGUUCCAAAGGGCAAUUGAAUUAAAUAUUUGCCAUCAACCUUGGGUGAAGAAGUAUUAUCAAAAAAACUAUGAACAAAAAUGA